AUGAUGAUGAUGAUGAUGAUGAUGAUGAUGAUGAUGAUGAUGAUGAUGAUGAUGAAAGAUGAUGAUGAUGAUGAUGAUGAUGAUGAUGAUGAUGAUGAUGAUGAUGAAGAUGACGAUGAUAGGGGGUAG